GCAUAAUUGGGGAGUCUGUUAAGUAUGCAGAGACUAGUAAGUUGUCUGUGGGUGGAAUGCCCAUGCGACUUCUGUGAUCCACACAGAAACCAACCAGUUUACUACAAUUAAAAAUGCACUACAAAACACCCAACAGCCUCACCCCAUCUUCCUUUGGCCUUUUUAACCGCUCUAGGUGAAAUGACAUUGCCAUGAAGACGAGGGUGACGUUCUUGAAAUGGAGCAACUUGGUGUGUUUGUGGUUGACGUCAGAGCCCUUCCUUUCUUCAUAAGGCAGGUUUGAGACAGCAAGCAAGCCCUUCAUCCACAGAUAGGUAAGCUCAUCCCAUCUGCUCCUCACGAAAGAACUCCCUGUCAACAGUUCAUAAGAAUUUGUGCAGCUUGCGUCAUUGAAGAAAGAGUGUUCACACCAGACCUCCACAUUGUGCACUUCCUGUCACCAUGCAAGCUCUCUUUGGUCUCUGCCUCCUCUCUGGGCUUCUCACUACAGGCAUCUCUUUGGAGUGUGAAACAUGCGUUGGUCCAGGCGACAGCUGCAGUGGCAAGAAUGAAACUUGUCCUUCAGGCCUAGAUGCCUGUGGUACCUUUGUGAUUGAAGCUUCACAAGGAGGGCAGACGGUUACCGCGAUCUCAAAGACCUGCACCACGAAGGAUACCUGCGCUCAGCUAAAACCUGGAGCAUCCCUCAGCAUUGGUGAUGUUACAGGUACUAUUAAGCAAGCUGUGUGUGACAAGGCCCUUCCAACAUCGGCAUCUGUCCUCCUGGCUCUCUCUGGGUUCCUGUUGCUGAAGGUCUUCUUCUAAUGCACCUCUCAGAGCACUUCAUGCCCCUGUCUUAGGAUCGGACACUUGGCCUUUCAAAGACAUCAGGCUACUUAGUGGUUUUAAUGAGAGAAAAACAAAUAAAAAUAGAUCCACAGAGAAAUGGGCUUCGUCAAGUGUUGUUCAUUUGUGGGACAAGA